GGCACACCCCUUUCCGCCGGAGUGACGCAUGCGUGCUAGGAGACGGAGUGUUACUUACCGAAAUAACGUGGUGAGAAGUCAAGCCACAAGGAAUUGUUAAAAGGAAAGAUACCCAGAGGAUUACGUCUAUCAUGCUGCGGUUUGGCCAGCACCUCAUCAAGCCCUCCGUGGUCUUCCUGAAGACCGAGCUUUCCUUUGCUCUCGUGAACCGCAAGCCGGUGGUCCCGGGCCAUGUUCUCGUUUGCCCUCUGCGGCCGGCGGAGCGUUUCCGUGACCUGUGUCCUGAGGAGGUGGCUGAUUUAUUUCGUACGGCUCAAAGGGUUGGCAAUGCAGUGGAGAAACACUUCUGUGCCACCUCGCUCACCAUCACAAUUCAGGAUGGCCCUGAAGCUGGACAAACGGUGAAGCAUGUUCAUGUCCAUGUCCUUCCAAGGAGGUCAGGAGACUUCAGCAGGAACGAUGAUGUCUACAAGGAGUUGCAGGGCCAUGACAAAGAGGAUUCCCCUGACAAGUGGAGGACAGAAGAGGAAAUGGCAGCUGAAGCAGCAAUUCUGAAGAAGUAUUUUCAAGAAAAUUAAAGGUAACGUGUCUGAAAAACGUCCUGUGACAUAAGGAAGACCUCGUUCUGCCGUUCUCAGCAGUCCUGGAGUUGCAGCUGAAUGAUUUUAUGUUCUACAAAUAAGGGAUUCUUCAAUGAAAAAUUUUAUUGGACCUCUGGAUAUCAUCAAGGAUAAAUUUCAGCUAAGACAACUAACAGCACUGAUUCAAAGUACUGCUCUGAGUAGUAAGUUAUAUUUUUCUGAAUUGUGUACUUGGGAGCAAAUCUUUUAAAAUUGUCCCUUGGUUUAAAUUGAAAUA